AUGUCUUCAGGUAACCAGUGGCCAGCAGACGAGGACAAAGGCCAGCUGUCCCGGCUGACGAGGAAAUGCAGAGACUCCCCUUUCGUCCCCGUGGGCCUGGCGGGCUUCACGACCGUGGUGUCCUACGGUCUGUACAAGCUAAGGCACAGAAGCGACCAGAAGAUGUCUCUUCAUCUGAUUCACAUGAGAGUGGCUGCCCAGGGAUUUGUUGUUGGAGCUGUGACUAUAGGUGUUCUUUGUUCUAUGUAUAAGGAUUAUGUGAGACCUCAGUUCUUCAGUGUGUCCAAGAAAUAAGGCUCUAUGCUGGAAGCAAGAGGCUCCUGCAGACGUCACCAUGCAGAAGGAAUUUUCUAUGUGGGACAAAUGAUAUUGAAGAGGCAAGAAAAGUCUCAGCAUUUUUAAGAAGUUGAUUUGCAAGUCAACAAUUUCAGUCCACUCAGAAAUAUCUUUUGUAGGUAUCUUUCAGAUCCUGGGAUAAUGACUUUCUGAUUUAAUUUUCUUUUAAUCUUCUAG